UAUUUAGUUUUCUUGUAAAAAAAAAUCGCUUUUCUUAUUAAUUGCUUUAAACUUUUUAGUUGACGUUGUCAUAAAAAAUUGCGAACCUUGUAGCGGUUACGUUUGGCAGUUCGAUUUGGACUUGGUGUCCAUGUAUUUGAGUAUCGCUCUCUUAUUAUAGGGAAUUAUAAAAAUUAUGUCACCUUUUCCUUCCUUCAGAAGCAAGUACUCUUAUUCAAUAUUUUUAGGCCCAUCCCAAAGCUUCUGAACUUUAAUUAGGUUUUUUACUCUCGAGAGAUGAACUCUGAAAAUGUACCUGAUAGACUGAAAGCAUUGGAAGAGAUUGAAAAAAAGAUAACCAGUGCUUUAAACAAUGCAGCACUGGCACUUCAAGAAUUGGGUAAAGAUAGACCGAUGGAAAAAAAUGUUGAAAAACAUUCAGCAAGCUAUAUGAAGGCAUUGGAAGAAGUUGAAACUGAUAUGCUGAUGCAGAUAAAUUAUUUAACACAGGUUGCAACUGGACAGCAACAUGAAGGCUCCUGCUACACAGCCCAGAAAAGGGUGCAGAUGUUAAAAGAGACUAUAACAGAAAUUGAAAAUCAAGUUGGGAAUAUGACGUUAUCUCCUGGUAGCAGCAAUAGACAUAAUGGACAAUGACACCAUUCCUGGUCAAUUGUGAGCUGAUAAGACACCCUGCAAUGCUGGUUGAACAACGAGCUAUGUGGUGCUUUGUUCAAGAUAUUUAAGGUGCAACUAGCCGCAAAGAGACUGUUAGAAGCACGAGACUAUAUUCCAGAAAUAGAAAUAUCAAAAAUAACAGUUCAGGUCUCUAAAAAUGAAAUAUACUGAGUUAACUUUUGUAAA